AAGUAAGAUUACUGGUGUUACGUCCAGUGAGAGGAAGGAAUAACUCAGAAGCAACAUCCAUCAAAACAACUGCGACACAGGAUGCGUCCACUGGCUCUCCUCUGUGUACUUGUGACGGUCUCUGUCAGCUGGGCUCGUCCUCACCUCCCUCCGCUCUCCUCGGAGAUGGUCGACUUUAUUAACAAGGCCAACACCACCUGGACAGCUGGGCAGAACUUCGGUAACGCUGAUAUCAGCUAUGUGAAGGGACUGUGUGGGACUUUACUGAAUGGACCCAAGCUGCCAGAGGUGGUUCACAAUACCGAAGGCAUAAAGCUUCCAGACAGCUUCGACCCACGCCAGCAGUGGCCCAACUGUCCCACAAUCCAACAGAUUAGAGACCAGGGAUCCUGUGGGUCCUGCUGGGCCUUUGGGGCAGCUGAAGCGAUAUCUGACAGGUUGUGUAUCCAAACAGGCGGCAAGAUCUCUGUGGAGAUCUCUGCUGAAGAUCUGCUGUCUUGCUGUGAUGAAUGUGGCCUGGGAUGUUUAGGUGGUUUUCCCUCUGCCGCGUGGGAUUUUUGGACAAAGAAAGGACUUGUGACGGGAGGCCUGUAUGGCUCUAAAGUCGGCUGCCGACCCUACAGCAUCGCCCCCUGCGAGCAUCAUGUAAAUGGAACUCGUCAUCCCUGUCAGGGUGAACAGGAGACUCCCAGGUGUGAAGAGCAUUGCGUUCAUGGAUACUCACCAUCCUAUCAGAAGGACAAACACUUUGGUAGAAGCUCAUACGGCGUCCCAUCCCAGCAGGAACAGAUCAUGACUGAGCUGUACAAGAACGGCCCCGUGGAGGCAGCUUUCUCUGUCUAUGCAGAUUUUCUACUGUACAAGACGGGUGUAUACCAGCACGUGACAGGGGAGGAGCUGGGCGGCCAUGCCAUCAAGCUCCUUGGCUGGGGAGAGGAGAAUGGGACACCCUAUUGGCUGGCUGCAAACUCCUGGAAUAGUGACUGGGGAGAUAAAGGCUUCUUCAAGAUCAGGCGUGGAGCUGAUGAGUGUGGUAUUGAGUCAGAGGUGGUUACAGGAAUCCCUCUCAGCAAGGUCAAAUAAGUCCUGAUUAUCACAUCAAGUUAAUCAAUAGAGAUUUAAACAAAAAAAAGUAAAGGCAAAUAUUAACAUCUUGUUUUGUUAUUGUUCUGUAUAAAUCAUCAUGUUGAUCUCCUUAGGCUUAGUUUUUUAGUAUUUUUACAGA